UACCCGAAGUACUACGCGCGGCCCAUUAGCAACGUACCGGAUACGUUGCAAAAUACUACACAAUUGGCGUAAAUAGGAUUUCAGUGCGGUUUCAAAACUCACAAACUAUCAGUUUCAACGACUGCUUUACGGCAACAUUAACUAUGGUCGAUGGCGUCCCAUUUUAGUGGGGUUUUGCAGUUGACGGAUCUGGAUGACUUUAUCACACCUUCACAGGAAUGUGUGAAACCAGUAAAGUUGGAAAAGAAGCAAGGCAGAUCUUUGGCUAAAAUCCAAAUAGAAGAUGACGGGACCUAUUUCCAGGUUAACCGGGAUGGUGGAAAGCAGAAGCUGGAAAAAGCUAAGAUCUCUCUGAAUGAUUGCUUGGCCUGCAGUGGCUGUAUCACUUCUGCUGAGAGUGUCCUAAUUACACAGCAGAGUCAUGAGGAGAUCUACAAGGUGCUACGCAACAACAAGGCGUGUGUACCAGAGUCCAGGGUGGUGGUGGUGGUGUCUGUGUCCCCCCAGUCCAGAGCCUCCCUGGCGGCACGCUACGGCCUGAGUAGCAGUGAGGCAGGCAGGAGGCUCACCGCCUUCUUCAAGGGCCUGGGGGUCCAUCAUGUUUUUGACACAAGCUUCAGCCGGUCCUUCAGCCUGUUGGAGAGCCAGAGGGAAUUUAUAGAGCGAUUUCAUCGGAAGGAGCAAGACAAGCAGGCCCUGCCCAUGCUGGCUUCUGCCUGCCCAGGUUGGAUCUGCUAUGCAGAGAAGACCCAUGGAGAGUUCAUCCUUCCCUAUAUCAGCUCCACCCGCUCCCCACAGCAGAUGAUGGGCUCUCUGGUGAAAGGAUUUUUUGCUAGCCAACAGGGUCUUAGCCCUCAGCAAAUCUACCAUGUGACUGUGAUGCCCUGCUAUGAUAAGAAACUGGAGGCAUCCAGGCCUGACUUCUACCUGAAGGAGGCAGAAACCAGAGAGGUGGACUGUGUCAUCACCUCAGGAGAAGUUCUGAAGAUGUUAGAGGAAGAGAACUUAUCCCUUAAUGAUGUGGAGUCAGCCCCACUAGAUACAAUGUUCAGUAGUGUGUGUGGUGAUGAAUUGCUAAGCCAUGCUGGGAGCGGUUCAGGAGGAUACCUCCACCAUGUGUUCAGACACGCUGCCAAGCAGCUGUUUGGAGAAGAGGUGAAAGAGCUAACCUAUAAGACACUUAAGAACAAGGACUUCCAGGAGGUUACCCUGGAGAAAGACGGCAUCGUCCUGCUGCGUUUCGCAGCCGCCUACGGCUUCCGUAACAUCCAGAACCUGGUGCAGAAACUCAAGAGGAGCAAGUCACCCUACCACUUUGUUGAGGUCAUGGCCUGUCCGUCAGGAUGUCUGAAUGGUGGAGGGCAGGUGAAGUCGUUACCCGAGCAGGACAACAAGGAGCUACUACAGCAGGUGGAGGAUCUGUACAGGGCAGAGCGGUGUGUAGUGCCCGAUGAGGAACAGCGCGUGGCAGAGAUCUACCAGUCCUGGCUACGUAGUGUAGGAGAGGAGAGAGCCAGGGAGCUACUGCACACACAGUACCACGCAGUGGAGAAGACCAGCAACGGCCUGCUUGUCAAAUGGUGAAGGAGAGUGAAGGGCUUCUGGAUGGUCAAUCCUCGGUGGUGUCUUGUUUAAUCUUCAUUUAGCUUAACAAUACCAGUUAGAAAAGUAUUUUCUCUCACAUUACUGGAUGACUGCAGAAAUCUCACAAUCUCAGCUAGUCCUAAGAGAAUUAGCCGUGUCAUUUAUUCAUACCAACAUACAAUAUAGUUUGUAUACAUUCAGGCUAUUUAUUUUAUAGACACCAGCUUAUUCAUACCAGACCUUUUCAUAUUGUAUUCCAAAAGUAAUAUUGUGGUUGGGUAAUUGUAUAAAACUUUACUACUGUGGUUCUGUAGACUAAUACUGUUUAGUUAUAUACACUGACAUUUUUCUGAUGGAAUGUUAAAGACAUUUUGUAUAGUUUUAAAUGUGUAUAUAAUCAUCCCUGCCUUAUUUAUAAUUACAAUAUAUGUAUGGAACCUAAUUCAUUUUCUUUGUUUUUCUUACGUUUUUCCUCUUCACCAAUGUCGUAUAAUAAGUUUAGUGAUAACGUAGUGGACAUUCCAAUGUAUGGCUUGUAGAUGGAAUUCAUCUACUGUACAUGCAUAUUGUUCAAUGGCUAUAACGUCCCUCAACUUUCAAUAAGCAGGAACAAGAAAAUGUCUAGGUCGUCUGUUUUCAAACAAAUUAGAACUAUAUAUGCAUAAUAUUAAAAUUAUAAAUAUCCAUUUGCUGUUGCCAUGAAGACAUCUGCCCCUCCCCCCUCCCUCGUUUCUACUGGCCUAUUCGUUUUAUUAGUAAUAUGUAUUCAGACAGUGUACUCAAUCUACAGAAUUUGUGGCUAUGGUAACUUAAGGUGUAACUUCUGUAUAGGUGGUUAUAUUGCUUCACUUCCCCAUAUUGUAGGGCCCACUAAUCUGGAUUCCCCCACUCCCAGUAUAACUAUGACCUCCUCAAUAGCACCAGGGAGUUGAAUAGUUACAAAGCAGAAGGAAAUGAAGGGUGGUUCUACAGAAUGUCUCUAGCAAAAGUGGUGGACACGUCAUGGUUCUGCCAUAAUGUGCCCUGAUAAGCCCAACCCAGCUGGCCCGUCUAGGUCAAAGCAGACCCCAAUCUGGAGGCAACUUCAACAUGGGGGGGAAGGUUAGGAAGAGUGGAAUCAAAUCUUUCGUUGUACUCUGCAUGAUUAAGCCCAUAACAGAGCAUUGUAUUCGUACAAAAUGUUCUCAAG